AUGGGGGACGACGACUACACAGUAGCAGGCGGCAAAGGCCUACGCCUCAAGGGCGCAAAGGUCAAGAAGAACAAGAAGAAGAAGGCCGAAGGCAGCAAGGCAGCCGACAAGGUGACCGAGCUGGACAAGGCGCUCUCGGCCGACAAGCGCAGCGACAAGGAUGCCGACGCAGCGGACGGAGAUGACGAACAGGCACGCGCUCGUGAAGACGAAGACCACGCGCCGUUGCGCCGGAAGACCGAGACGGAGCAACGCUUUGAGGAAGCAAAGAGGAAGAAGCUCCUCGAAAUGGCACAGUCCGCGGCCGCGAAGCCAGAACUGCUGAAAACACACAAGGAACGAGUCGAGGAGCUCAACACAUAUCUCUCCAAACUUAGCGAACAUCACGAUAUGCCAAAGAUCGGCCCUGGAUAA